AUGCGCUUUUUUGACUUUUUGACAAUUCGAGAUAACAUCGCCCUUGGGAAUCUACUCGAGGCGGACCAACACACCAUUACACAAGCUCUUCAUCGCUCGAAAUCAAUAGAUUUCGUCGAGAACCGUGGUCGUGGUUACUUAAACAAGCUUGACCCCGACGCUUUCAGUGGUGGCGAGGUGGAAUGCCUCGCCAUUGCACGUGCCAUGAUGAAAAAGAGCUAUUCAGUCGGAGCGUACCUCUUUGAUGAAUCCACCAGCGGCUUGGAUUUCACAACGGAAAAAGAAAUUUUAGAUGCAUUAAGGAAACAUUCGAUACGAAAAAGAAAUCAACCAGCCACCGUUAUCAUGAUCACGCACCGUCUUUCCUAUAUUCAGCAGGCUGACAAUAUAAUUGUCAUCAACAACGGUGAAGUAGUCGAGCAGGGUUCCUGGAAAGAAUUAGUCAAUAAUCCCGGCAAUGGUUGUUUUCACAAGCUUCUCAGCUCUCAAAAAGCUUCUUUCUCUUCCUACAGUUUUUGA